AUGAAUAAUAAAGAACUACAGAAUAACAGACGACAAAAAGAAGAAAAGCAAAAUAAGCCCAAAAGUGCCAGAAAAGAUACGGCUCGUAAAGAUCACAACAACCGGAAGCACGUCUGGGAACGCCCCGAAACAAACGUCAAGCUACAAAACCAAACCCAAAACCACAAAGGCCAACGAAGAGCACAAUGGAAGGCGCACGUCGACCGAUUAGCAACCAAACGCAGCAAACACCCAGAGCAGGGAACCGCACCGAACCAAGGAACGACACGCAUAACCAACCACCAGGACUACCAGAGCCUGACAGGCACGGAGAACCGCAAACAGAACCACCAGACAAGACACCAAAACGGGACAAAGGCGAAACAACAAAAGCCUGCAAAAAACAAAAAGACAACCCCAGACCGAAGCCCCAAACUACAAACCUUAGCCACAGAAAACCAAGACAUCCAAUAUUCAAGAGAGGACAACCCCAAAAAACCCGCAGACGACGCCAAAAAAAGCACACAUCCAAAGCAAGAAGACCGAGUCAAACACACGACCCAGCAACAACAACGCCAAAAGGAAGAUGCCAAACCAAAAGACAACAUAGUACACCACAAAGGAAGACAAAAACCUGCUGGAGUGCCAUACAGCAAACAAACAGACACAAAAAACCACAAGCAAGGCUAG